GUCAUAUCUCUGUCCAUCCUACUCUUCACGUUCCAAGGAAGAAAGAAAAGAAAGAAGAAUGGCAGAAAUGUCAUUUCUGUUAAACUUUCUCUUCCCGCCACCUCCGUCCGUCUACCUGACGACAAUGUCUGUUAUCAGCUUCACGUCGUUAUCUUACAGUGGUUUCUCAGAGGUGAGGGGCACACACGUUCAGUACUCCAAGUUCUGGAACGCGGCCGAGAAAACGAAGGCAUCAACGGUGAUGAAGCUGUCCAGCAGGACGGGCAUGCUUCUCUUGUAUACUCCCUCGUUUCUCGCUGGCCUGGCCUCCUUGGGCCUCUCUUUUGUCGACCAACGGCCGAGAUCGAUCCUGCUUUGUUCGGCUCUAACCGUUCAUUUCCUGAAGAGGGUUCUCGAGGUCUUGUUUGUUCACAAAUACAGUGGAGGGAUGGAUCUCGAUUCAGCCAUUGUAAUCUCCCUCAGCUAUUUCCUUGCAACUGUGAAUGCAAUCUACGCGCAGCAUAUGACUUUGGGGAUGCCCGAUCCACCACUCGACUUGGAGUAUGCUGGCGUUGUUCUGUUUUUGGUGGGAAUUGCUGGUAACUACUACCACCAUCUCCUCCUUCAAAAGCUUAGAGGCAGGGAUGACAAAGGGUACAAAAUCCCCAAGGGGGGCCUCUUUGGCCUAGUGAUAUGCCCACAUUAUCUGUUUGAGAUUAUGGGAUUUGUCGGGAUUUCAUUUAUCGCCCAAACGGUGUUUGCAUUCGCCUUCACUUUGGGGACUGUUGGGUACUUGACGGGGAGGAGUUAUGCCACUAGGAAGUGGUACCUCUCCAAGUUUCCUAACUUCCCUAGAGAGGUGAAAGCUCUCUUUCCUUUUGUUUUCUAAAAUGAGGAGUUAUAGAGUCUUGAUGGAAGGUUUGUAAUUAGAUUUAGAAAACAAAGGUUUGCUAAGCUCAAACGCGUGUGAAAUCCUGCCCAUCAACAUGCAAGCAUUACAGGCCAACAUGGUACACAUGUGAGUAACCUGAGCCUCCCAUCAGGCCAGCCACACUCUUUAGAUCUUCUAUCUCCAAAAAAGAAGAUCUUGGUUGGCGUCUCAACAAGGUACGCUGUCUGGUUUAUCUGAUCCCCAUACCAGAUGUGCACAGCAUGGUCCUUUGCUAUUCCGUAUACAGUUUACGAACGGAUGGCUAGAAAAGAAAUAUGUUAUAGCCUUUCGCUUAUUACAUAGUGUGGCAGAUCUGAGGAGUGUGUCUGCCUGAUUUUGAGCCAGACGAUAUAAUCAGUGUGGCCCACUGAUGGAAAGCUUGGAUCUCCCACACUUUUGCCAUAUUGGCACUUUUGUUGGUGUGUGGAUGGGCAGGAGCCUAUUUUCUUUGCAGCAAUUUAGGAAGUAGGGUUCUUUGUAAGUUUAGAAAUGCAAAUGUUCAAUGUAAAUUUUGCUUUUGUAAUGUGAUUAAUGCAUCUUUCCAUGAAAUGGUUUAGCA